AUGGCACCAACAUUGGCAUCACGCAAGCGAAAGGUUCUCGCAGAACCUGCUCCCGUCGAAGACGAGCUCGCUGGCUUGGAGUUGGACGGCGUCUUGUCACAAAGCGAAGAUGGAUCUGACUUUGAGGAAAGCGAUCUUGAGGAUGGACUCGACGGCCAAGACACGAAUGAGCACGACGAUGAUGAAGAUGAAGAGAACGACGACGAUGAUACGUACAGUGAAGACGCCUCCUCCGACGUAGACGACAACUUCGUGGCCCCUCCACCACUCGACGCUGAUAAUUCGGAACCAAACUAUCGCGUCGUCAAGGAUGCCAACGGCGGGGAGCGCUAUGAGUAUGCUGAGGUUGAUCCUGUCUAUGACAGUGACGAUUCAGAUGCCCAAGGCCCAAACAACACAAUUGGAAAUAUUCCCCUCUCUUUCUACGACUCCUACCCCCACAUCGGAUACGACAUCAAUGGCAAGAAGAUUAUGCGCCCAGCCACUGGGGAGGCUCUCGAUGCUCUCCUCGACAGUAUUGAGAUUCCCAAGGGCUGGACUGGUUUGACAGAUCCUGAAACUGGGAAGCCUUUGGACUUGACCCAGGACCAGCUUGAACUUCUUAAGCGACUACAAAUGAACGAGGUCCCCAAUGAGGAUUACGAUCCUUACCCCGAUAUGGUGCUAUACUUCACCAGUAUUGAGGAGAAGAUGCCUCUGAGCGCUGCGCCAGAACCGAAGCGGCGAUUUGUUCCCUCUAAGCAUGAAGCCAAGCGUGUUGCCAAGCUUGUCCGGGCCAUCAAAGAGGGCCGUAUUCUACCCUACAAGCCUCCCGAGGAGCGACAACGAGAACAAGAGGAGAAGGAAGAGUCUUACUACGAUGUAUGGGCAAACGAGGAGCCUCAAGACCCCCAUGUAAUGAACAUCCCAGCUCCCAAGCUUGCUCCUCCAGGAUACGACCUUAGCUACAACCCACCACCCGAGUACUUGCCGACUGAGGAGGAAAAGGAAGCCUGGAAGAACCAAGAUCCCGAGGAGAGAGGAAAGGAGUACUUACCUGCCAAAUUUGACUCGCUGCGCAAGGUUCCUGGUUAUGGCGAGUUCGUCAAGGAACGAUUCGAUCGCUGUCUGGAUCUUUAUCUCGCCCCACGAAUCAGGAAGAACAGGCUCAACAUCGACCCCAACUCUCUUCUGCCUAAGCUUCCCCGGCCAGAAGACCUUAAGCCGUUCCCCACCCUCAACCAGACCAUCUUCCGUGGCCAUGAUGGUCGAGUUCGUUCGGUAUCGUUCAGUCCAGAUGGUGAAUUCGUGGCCUCAGGGGGUGAUGAUGGUACAGUCCGUGUCUGGGCUCUCAACGGCCACCAAGAAUGGAUGGCAAAGCUUAGUAGCGAGGAGCCAGUCAAUAUUGUGCGAUGGCGGCCCAAUAAGGAGACCUUUAUUCUGGCAGCUGCGGCUGGAGAGGAUCUCUUUUUCAUGAUCCCCUCGGUAGCCAGUGAUGCUGUUGAGAAGGCCAGUCGCGAUGUUCUCGACGCUGGCUUCGGCUACGCUACUAAUGGAGCACAGCCCACUACAGUCAAUGGUGUGAAGAAAGAACCUCCUGCCAAGUGGUCACGACCUGGGGCCAAGCUGGAAGCUGCCGGUGUGCUCCUCAUGGCUACUGUUAGGUCAACGAUCAAGGUCAUCAGCUGGCACAGGCGAGGCGAGUUCAUCUCCACUGUCUCACCAACCGGACAAAGGAGCUCAGUCGCCAUCCACACGCUCUCCAAGCAUCUCAGUCAAAUUCCUUUCCGAAAGCUGCCUGGUCUUGCCCAGACGGCUCAGUUCCAUCCUUCGAGGCCACUGUUCUUUGUUGCUACUCAGCGAAUGAUCAGGUGCUACGAUCUCCAGCGCCAGGAACUUGUCAAGGUUGUCCAACCUGGUGCCCGAUGGAUCUCUUCAUUUGAUAUUCACCCUGGUGGAGAUAAUCUUAUUGUUGGCUCAUACGAUCGAAGACUUCUGUGGCAUGAUCUUGAUCUGUCGUCCCGCCCUUACAAGACGAUGCGAUUCCACCCUGAAGCAAUCCGCGCUGUCAAAUUCCACCGCAGCCUGCCACUCUUCGCUGAUGCCAGUGACGACGGAACAUUACAGAUCUUCCAUGGCAAGGUCGUGAGCGAUCUUAUGGAGAACGCGACUAUUGUCCCUGUCAAGAUGCUCAAGGGCCAUAAAGUAAUCAACAAGCUGGGCGUCCUUGACGUGGACUGGCACCCGAAGCACCCCUGGUGUCUCAGCGCUGGUGCAGAUGGAACCUGCAGGCUCUGGGCAUGA